AUGGAGCCGGCCCCGCGCCGCCGCCCCGCCGGCCAGCCCGGCUGCCCGCGGCGGUGGCGAGGGCGGCGGUGGGCGCUGGCGGCCGGGGUGCUGGGCGCCGCCGCCGCGCUCGCCCUGUACGCCCGCCUGCCGGAGCCGGGGCCGCGCAGGCGGCGGGGGAGCGCAGGCCGCGGAGAAGUGAAUGUGCUGCUAUGGUGGGAGCCUUCGGCCGCCCCGCGGCGCAUGGCCGACUGCCGCCGGCGGUACAACAUCACCGGCUCGCUCAGCGCCGACCGCAGCAGCUACGGAGAGGCGCAGGCAGUGCUCUUCCAUCACCGCGACCUGGCGCUGCACGGCGCAGAGGGGGCUCCCCGAGGGCCCCCGCCGCGGCCGCCGCAGCAAGCUUGGGUGUGGAUGAACUUCGAGUCGCCUCGGCACUCGCCCGGCCUGCGAGGACUGGCCGGUCUCUUCAACUGGACCAUGUCCUACCGGCGGGACUCGGAUGUAUUCGUGCCCUACGGGUACCUCUACACCCCGCCGGCGCCCCGGCCCUUCGUCUUGCCCCGCAAGACGCGGCUGGUGGCCUGGGUCAUCAGCAACUGGAACGAGGAGCACGCCCGGGUGCGCUACUACCGCCAGCUGAAGGAGUACCUCGCCAUCGAUGUGUAUGGGGCACGGGGGCUGGCGCUGGCCGAGGGCGCGGUGGUGGAGACUGUCUCGGCACUACAAGUCUACCUGGCCUUCGAGAACUCCCAGCACAACCGACUACAAUCACUGAGAAGCUCUGGAGAAAACGCCUUUGCUGCCAGCGCCGUGCCCGUCGUUCUCGGACCCCGCAGGGACUACGAGCGCUUCAUCCCCCGCGACUCCUUCAUUCACGUCGACGACUUCCCCAGCCCCCGGCUGCUGGCCACCUACCUGAAGUUCCUGGAUAAAAACAAACCCAACUACAGGAAGUAUUUUGCCUGGAGGAAGAAGUACGAAGUCCACGUCACGUCCUUCUGGGAUGAGCAUCUCUGCAAGGCUUGCCAGGGCUGGAGGGCAGCUGGGAAUCAAAUCAAGACUGUACGAAACCUGGCCAGCUGGUUUGAAAGCUGAUGUUCCUGGAUGAGGU